AUGUCCCGGUGCUUGGCCGCCCCGCGCAAGGAUGAGAAGCCCUCCCGUGUCGAUUUGCAGCACUCCUUCGUGCGCAUGGGCGGGUCCCGGCAUGCCUGCCAUAUGAUGAUGCUGCGCCUGCACGAUGAGAAGAUCGUCGCCUGCGUUGUCCGGCUGCUGGCAGCUAGUGUGGAGAACGCGCCGCUGGCGUCCGAGGCAUUCCAGCGGGACAACCUGGACAACCUGAAGCUGGUGAUGCGCUCCAUGGAGCGCCACGUUGCCAGCCCAGAAGUGGCGGAGGCGGGCUGCCUCCUCAUCGGCCAUCUCUGCUCCUGCACGGCGGCCACGUCCGGGGACCUGAUGCCGGUGCGGGUGAAGGCACACCGAGAUGCCCAGAACACCCUGUGCAGAGAGGGCGCGAUGGAGACCAUCGUGGACAUCCUGACGCUCAUCAUGAAGGAGGUUAGGAUGAUGACCAACAAGGCCCACAUGAUGAUGCAGGAGAAGCUGAAGGAUGCAGAGGCGGCGCGACAGAAGCAGGAGGCAGUGGACCUGGGGCUCUCGCGCGUGGAUCGCAACCCCGUCAACAUGUUCAGCAAGAUGGGGCUCAAGGACCGGAUCCUCAAGGUCCAAGCCAACAUCGAGCUGCGCACCGCGUGGCAGAGGCUCAUAGACAAAGAGGUGAUGGCGGGCAAGGUGAUCAACGCCGCCCUGCAGGCGCUGCUCCUGCUUGUGGUGGGCAAUGCCGGCGCCAUACGGCAGCUCUCUGGGAACUUUUACGCCUACCACAUGAACAAGCUUCUGGACCUGGGGGAGGAGUUCCUGGGCGCGGCAGCCAACAAGGUCCAGGAAAAGAAAGAGAAGCAGGACGAGAGGCGAGGGCUGGAGCGCACCGAGGAUUCGGACGGAGAGUCCGACAACUCCAAGGGCUCCAAGGGCCCAAGGAUGCGGAAGAAGCUGGGGCAGGUGGAGGUGCCCCAGGGCCAGGAGAGGCGGGUAAUGAGCUCGUUGCAGUCGCUGUCCUUGAAGUGCCAAGUGCUGGUAGACGCACUGCGCGGCCACGCGGCCCGGGACCGGCCGGCCAUCGUCACCAAAGCCUGCCGGCUGUUCUUGCUUAUCCUGGAGCAUCAUCGUGGAUUGAUCAUGAAGGCAAAUGACCAGGGGGAGAACCAGAGUCGGCGCGUGGAGUUGAUGCUGAAGAAGGGCGCACCGAAGGAGGACUUGCAGUUCGAAGAGGUCUUUCAUCACCUCGCAAGCAUCAAGGCGGCGUUGAUCUCGACCUUGCGGACCCACAACGAGAACUCGCCCGUCAUCAGCGCGGUGUUCUCGGUGAUGGCAAAGCUGCGAGAGAUUGCUCUGCUGUCCGUGCCGGCUGGCAUGCACUUGUGCGGCUCCAACGCGGAGAAACAGUGGCAGGCGGCGCUGCUGACCGCAGGCGGCGAGGACACUGAGCUCGUGCUGCGCCAGGCAGCCAAGCGCUUGCAUACUGCGCUGGAGGAGACCAAGAAGGGCGACCACCGCAUCGAGACCUUGGGCGCUCUGCCCCAGGAGCUCCGCGGCAACGGUGAGUGGCUAACGCCGCGCAUGCGCCAAGAGGUCCAGACGAAUCUGCAAGUGGGGGAGGUGCUGGCGGCGGAUGCCUUCCGCGCCAACUGGGCCCAGCAGGAGGAGCCAGAUCGUUGGGAUAAGAUCUACAAGCGCCAGCAGCAGCUUGCGGCGCAGCAGAAGUACAGGGAAGACAAGAAGAAGGCCAAGGAGCUGGGCAUUUCCUACGAAGAGUUCCAUCGCCUGGAGCUGGAAGAGCAGGCCAAGCGAGAUGCUGCCGACUCCGACUCCAGCAGCGCCAUGAGCUUUGGAAAGGAGGAGCCAGGCGGCUCCAAAGAGGAAGAGGAGGAAGAGGAGUUGCUGAACUGGGACGAGGAGGAUGUCCAUGGGCACGUGGAGUGGUUGCGCGCCAUCGGCUUCGGCUCCCACGACGAGGAGGACUUUGGGCAACUCUGGCGCCAGCCAAUCCGAGAUGCCUUCAUGCGCAUGUUGCCGGGCCCUGCGCCGGCCGACAGCUACUGGGCGCUCGAGGCGGCCGCCAAGCGCCGGGAGCUGGUGGAGCAGGCCGAGCGCACUGGGGAGCCGCUGGAGGAUCCAGACAUGGACACGCUGCUGCAGAUCGAGAUGUUGGAGUCGGUCCAAGGCAAGCUGAAGAUCCGGGCACUGGUGCGACCACAGGACAAGAUUCAAGCCAACAACAUCGAGGAACGUGGCGCGGAUCUCACCAACCCGCAGACCGCCUCCAAGAGCAUCGUGCAGGAGAUGGCCAAGAGUUUCAAGCGAAGCGGCUACUUGAUGCCCAAGUAUGGGCUCUCUGUUCGAAUCCAGAAGCGUGCGGCUUCUCUGACGCAGCUUGCACAGGAGGCUCAGCUGAGCCCCAAGUGA